AUGAACAAUGAGGUUUGGCCAUCCCCUCUUAUGGAAAUAAAAUUGAACAUUGAUGGCUCCUUAGAUAAUAGUUCAAAAAGGGGGGCUGUGGGAGGUGUCUUCAGGAACACAGAGGAAAAUUGGUUCCUAGGCUUUAGUGCUCAUAUAAAUGUUAACUCAGCCUUCGAAGCAGAAAUACUGGCAUUGGUGAUGGGUCUAAACUUAGCUAUCAAGAUGAAGGUUACUCAAUUAGCUAUUGCUACUGAUUUCAAAAAACUGGCCAUGACACUUAAUGAAUAUGGCAUAACUGAACGUGACACUGAUGAAAUUAAUUUAAUCUCAAUUUACAGGGAUCUUGUGGAGCAAAUGAGGAACCCUCCAGUCCACCAUGAGAAGUGGAGUAUGAAUGUUAUUGCGGACAUGCUAGCGAAGGAGGGCAAUAAGUUAAAAAGUGACUGUUUUUGGAAGGAAUGA